AUGGGGGCUGCGGGAGGGGGUCUCGGGGCCCAGCCGACUUCCAGGCCGGCCCCGUGGUGGCCAGGUUCUACGUGGGUUGCUGCCUCCUCGGCCCUUUCUUUCUCACUUCUCCGACACUGGCGCUCACAUUUCGCUCGCUUUAUUUCUCUUCUUUCCCCCGGUAGCUCUCACGGCGGCAAAGGGACCGCCCGCUCCGGUCUCCGGUCCGCGCCUCCCUGCCCUAUCCCGCCCGACAGUCCCUGCCGAUCCGCUCCUGCGCUCGGCCCUGGCUUUGCCGCGGGGUCUGAGCCCUCCCGCAGUGGGCACAGCCGAAGGGCCGCGGAGAGCGAAGCCUGCCGGGCGGGGACGCUCGGUUUUCCAAGCCCCACUUUCCUUUCAUGGGCCAUUGGGAUGUGUAGUUCUUCCUCUCGCCGGUCUGGCUCCAAGAAAACAAUUUAGGGACCAAAGAACUACAAAUCCCUGCAUUCUCCGCGACGAGAGCGGGCGAGGCGAGGUGCUGAGCGUUCUGGUGCUCUUCGGGUAGAGACGGAAACUAACAAAGGGAAUGGUGGGAGACGAUUGCGCCUUGUGCGUGUUGGGCACUUCACACAUUACACACGUUAUUUGUCUAAUCUUCACGACAAUCCUGCGAGGCACUAUUGCAUCCAGCUUAGAAAACAGUCAACUACUUGCCAGAGGUCACAAAGCGCCCGAGUGGUAGAAAUUAAAUUGAACCCAGCGCCCUGAGAAUUUCCCUUACUAAGCGCUGCCUCGGUGAGCUGUGUCAAAGGGAGAUGAGAUUGGUUUAUCAAGGAGAGAAAAAGAACUAGAGCCAAUUGGGAAGAGAUUCCUGUAGUAAAGAGAAAGUGUUGGGGAUGGCAAUUAAAGUGUGACAUGAAAUUACAAGGAAUUAUGAACUAAAGUGAUAUUUACAAGGGUCCAUUCCAAAGCAGUUUAGGGGAAUGGGUACGAUCUUAAUCAGUUGUAUUAGAGUGGUUUUAGGUAUUGUAUGACAGACAAGCAUAUUAUUGGGACAAUUAAGUAUUUUGUGACUGUACUAUUUAGAGAAAAACAACAACUGGCAAGCCUCAGAUAUUUCAAAUGGAAACUCGUAUGCUUUCCUAUCCUUUAGUUCAUGGAAUUAGCAGGAUGUUACUCAAUUUACUGCGAGCACCUUUUCUCCUGGUCCAGUUAAUAGACUAAACCCAUUGACUUGGUGGCUUUAAAAAAAGACUCCCAUUCUUGUUCUCAAGACCAAAUUUUCCUGGCAGCAUGGUUAUGCUUUUUAAAAGUCCUUCUCUGUUAGAGAUACAUACUAAAGUAUUUGCAUGUGCUUUAAAAUACUCCAGCCCAUCCAACUGUCUAAAAACAUGAGGCUAUAAGAUGAAAUAAUAUUGGCAGACUGUUGAAAAUUGUUACUGUUGGGUGUUAGAUAUAUCUGUAUUAGUUAUCUGUUGCAGCAAAUUAUCACAAACUUUAGCAGCUUAAAACAACACAGAUUUAUUAUUUCACAAUUUCUAUGGAUCAAGUGUCCAGGCACUCGGGGUCCUCUGCUUAAGGUCUCAUAUCCACCAUCAAGAUGUUGGCUAGCUGCAUUCUCACCUGGAGGCUCAACUGGAAAAGAAUCAGCCUCCACUUUGGUCACUGGCAGAAUUCAUUUCCUUGUAGCCACAUGACUGAAGACCUUGGCUUUUUGCUGGCUGUCAACUGGUGACUGCCCUCAGCUCCUAGAGGGCACCUGGAGUUCAUUGUCACGUGGGCUUUCCCAACACAGCCACUUAUUUCUUCAAGCCAUCAAGGAGAGUCUCCAGAACGAGCCUGCUAACAAGAUGGAAGCUUAUAUAACACAAAGUAAUCACACAAGAGUGACAUCAAAUGUGCCACUCUCUACUGGUUAGAAGGCAAGUCACAGGUUUCGCACACACUCAGGGGAGGGGAUAUUACAAGAAUAUGAACACUAGGAUGAGGGUCAACCUAGAAUCUGUCCACCACAGUGUACAAGAAGGACGGUGUUUAUGUUUGAAACUUUCUGUAAUAAUAAGAAAUGGAUUAUAUCUUUUAAAAUUAUCUCUAAAUUUCCCAUUGCAAGUAUGUUUCUAGAUAAGCUGAUAUGAUUGUUCACAGCUGUCUUCCUAGGAAUUCCUCAUUUCUUCCCACUCCAUGUUUAAUCAGACCUGUGGCAAUUAGUAUGCUUAGGACACAUACUUAGAGAAGUUCACAAGAACCUGGCCUGACAGCCAUGGAUUUUAGCUCACCACCUAAAACCUACUCUAUAAGGUCUGGCAGUGUUGAUUCAUUCAUUUCUUGAUUAUUUAGAGGCCUAGUUUGUGCUAAGUAUUGUUUUUGCAGCAGGGAUAUAAGGGAAUCCAGGACAGAAGUUUAUAUUUGGGGGCUAGAGGGAGAGGUGGAGAGAAAAAAAAUAAUAAAUGCAGAUAAAAUGCAAACCAAGAAGGGGAAAUAAAUGACUAAAUGAUGAGAAAAUAUCAGACAGUCACUGCAAGAACAAAAGAACAAAGUAGAAUUGUGGGAUAGAGAGUGGGGCGAGGUGAGAGACCUCCGUGGAAGAAUCAUUUGAGCAGAGAACCGAAUGGUAAGAAACAGCAAGUGCAAAGAUCUCAAGGCAUAUCAAGCCUGGAAAAUUCUACGGGUACUAAUUAAACCCAGUCUGGCUGGAUGGAGUGAGGGACAGGUUGAAGAUAAGAGGUAAGGCUGUGAGGUGACAGGACUGGUAAGGCACCUGGAAUUGAUGCUCCAUGCACUGAAAAGUCACUCAAUCUGUGACCACCACUUAUUAAGUGUGGAAGGGUCAGAAAGAAAAGUGAUAUAUGGUAGUUGUCCUCAAGAAUGUACAGAUUCCAAACUUUAAUGCUAGAAGGACCUCAGUGCAUCUAAAAUUAUAGACCAAGACAUUUGUUUUGUGAAUAAGGAAAUUGAGGCCCAGAAAAGGAGUAACCUGCUAAAAAUUCCUUGAGAAGGCCUAACAGUAACAAAUAAUUCAUAAAUGAAUCUUUAAUUGAAAGAGUAUUCUCUGAUUUAAAGGUUUAUAAAAAUGGUAACUAAUAAUUAUAGAGUGUCUGUCAUGUGCAAGGCAGCAUGAUAAAGAAGUUGAAUGAGGCAGAGAAGCUACAGUCUAAUUCCAAAAACAAGAUGGAGACAUGAGAAAAUAAGUAAUGGAAGAAAAAUUAUAUAAUAUAAAUCACCAUCAUUUCUGGAGUGUCUUCUUGUAUUAGGCAAUAUUCUGGUUCUUUAUAUAUUUAGCUCAUUAAGUUCAGGGGACAACCAAACAAAACAAGGAUAAUUAUUCUUCUUUCACUGAGGAGGAAACUGAAGAUCAGAGAGGUUAGGUGAUUUGCCCAAGGUUUCACAGCUGCUAAGUAAUGGAGUCAGGAUUGGCAGCCAGGUAUGCAUGUCUGAUUCCAAGUUUUUCUACUCUGGCCCACUACACAAUGGAAAUAGUAUACUGUGUCUGACUAACUGCCAACAGAGUAGGGAAGCAUGUCUUGAUUUCAGAGGAAAGGGAGAUCUCUGAGGCUUAAACUGUAGCAAAGUGGGACUCCAGGACUCUGACAAUUUGAUUGGAUUGCUCAAAUCUUUACAUGUGCUCAGCACAUCUGGGAACAUCUUGUGUCAAAACACAUAAGAUAUUUUAAGUAAUAAAGUCAGCACUACAAGAAAAAAUUGGAUGAGGCAGAGAAAAACUUAAUCCAAAAUGGUCUUGUAAUUUUCCCCAGUGACUUUUUCUUGGCUCUUUUAACACUAAAAAAUUACUUUUUAGGAUUUUUAGAAAAAUAGUACAUGUGCAUUGAAAAAAUUGAGUUACAAAAAAUUACCUUACACAUAAAUGUUCAAAUUGCCAUCAUCUUAAGAUAACAAUCAUUAACAUUUGUUGACCAUCCUUAUGUAAUUCAUUUUGUGCACACAUACACAUAUAUCUGUACCAUCUAAUAAAAACGGAAUCAUCAUGUGUGCUGUUCAUCCUGUAUGCUUUUUUAAAUUGUGGUAUUUUUCCCCUUCGUCUCCAACCGCCCCACUCUUUCCCAAGUAACCACUGUUAACAACAUAGUAUAAUCCUUCUUCAGGCUUAUAUAAUUAUAAGCAAAUGUAGACAUACAUAUAUGCAGUCCAUAUUCCAAUACCAUCCGAAUAACGUCCUUUAUAGUUAAUUAUUCUUCAUUCAGCAUCCAGCCCAAGAUCAUACUUGGCACUUAGUCAUUUGGUCUCUGGAGUCUCUUUCAGUAUGGUACACUCUCACCUCCCUUUUUUUAGUUUCUUGAUCUUGACAUUUUAGGAGAGUUUAGGCCACUUACUGUGUACAGUGUCACUCAGUUUGGGUUUGUCUGGUGUUUCUUCACAAUAAAACCCAGGAUAGGGUGCUCAUCAGCUUUCAGCCAUGUGCACGAAGGCAGCAUUGCUGAAAUUGCAGAUACCUGCCUGGGUCAUGCCGGCUGCUGCUUCUUGGCCCGCAGUUCCUCACGUAAUUUUGAAGAAGUGAGACCAUACUGCUUCCAGCGGCAGGUGCUAGAUAAAGCUGAAACGUGCCUCCAGCCCAAGCCAAAACUGAUACCCCAAAAUAUAGACACUUGUUAAUUGAGAAGCAAAAGAAGUAUGCGCUCAGUUUUAAAGAAGCAAAAAUGAUGAAGAAGUACAAAAACUCCAAAACUAUUUUGUUGACUGCUCGUAAAAUGUGCAACAAAACAGUAACCAAUUAAAUAAUGGGAAAAGGAGAAGCUUCCUACGGGCGAUGAGAAACAAUUCUACCUCCUCAGAUUUAACCCCUGCAGGAAGUCACAGGAGACAAGCUCUGAGUUCUGCAAGUCUGGUUCCGAUGGCGAGAGCCCAGCUCUUGUUUUCAGAACACCUACAUCUGGACAGUCCAUAUUUGCUGUCCAAGGACGUGAGCAAAACAAAGAAACACUUCUCUUAACUAAAAUGCUGCUUAGUCAAAAAGAAUUCCAAAAGAAUCCAAGUGGAUUUCAGAAAUUUCUUGUUUCCUCUGUAAAGAAUGGAUUUUGAGAAAUGUCUAAUGCUAUUUCUGAACUAAAGCUACUCAGUAAAAUGACUUGUUUGACUUUUAUUUAUUCUCUGAAUACAUGGAAACCAAAUCCAAGAACAAAGUUUUCUUGGCAUCCUUGGCAUUUGUGGGAAAUAAAAACCUCAUUGGAAUGAAUAA